AUGCUUGCAUCUCUUAGCAUUGAAACUGUUGCUCAGAAUAGUCGGCUUAACAACAACAGUUUGGUGGGAAAUAUUCCUAUGUCUUUAACCACGGUGAAUUCACUUCAAGUUCUUGAUCUGUCAAACAACCGUUUGACAGGACCAACUCCAGUCAAUGGCUCCUUUCAACUUUUCACUCCUAUCAGUUUUGCUAAUAAUCAGUUGGACCCUCCUCCAGUUUUGCCACCACCUCCUGCUACUCCAACACCACCAUCUUCUUCUUCAGUGGGCAACAGUGCCACUGGAGCAAUUGCUGGAGGAGUUGCUGCUAAAAGUGGAAAAAAGAAAAGUAAAGACAGUGGUCCAGUGACCACUCCUGCCCUAAAAACAUAA